UGUGGCUUUUUAGUUUAAACUUGAGACACGACUUAGGAAGCAGGCAAGUCCUCAGACAAGAGUCUCUUGGUUCGUAGAUAGAAGUAUACAAAUUGAUUGAUGGUUCAUGUCUUCAUGGUUCUGCUAAACCGUUUUGAUCGUUUGUUAACGGGAAUGGAUUACCAAUACGUUUUGGGCUUUUCUCCAUAUAAGUUAUUGGGCGUUUUUAUUAUGGCCCAACUAAACCGAGCGUUUAAUUUUCCUUUCCUUCUUCUUCUUCUUCGUCUUCGAGCGACUGUGAGAAACCUUCCCUGAGUAUCCAAUCUGCGACCUUUCAAUUGUAAAUGCAUUGCUCAGUAUCCUCUAUUGUUCGUCCACUAUCAGCAGAUCCCACAACAGCCAUAGCCACUUUGUGCUCAAAAGGGAACCUCCGAGAAGCUUUCCAGAGAUUCCGACUCAACAUCUUCGCGAACACUUCUCUCUUCACCCCUUUUAUUCAAUCAUGCACCACCAGACAAUCUCUUCCGUCUGGGAAACAGCUUCACUGUCUCCUCGUCGUCUCCGGAUUCUCUUCCGACAAGUUCAUAUGUAAUCACCUCAUGAGCAUGUACUCAAAGCUUGGAGAUUUCCCUUCAGCCGUCGCAUUGUAUGGGCGUAUGCCUAAGAAGAAUUACAUGUCAUCUAACAUACUUAUCAAUGGGUAUGUGCGUGCUGGGGAUUUGCUAAGUGCCCGGAAGGUGUUCGAUGAAAUGCCUGAUAGAAAGCUCACGACUUGGAAUGCCAUGAUUGCUGGGUUGAUUCAGUUUGAGUGUAACGAAGAGGGUUUGAGUUUGUUUAGAGAUAUGCACGGAUUGGGGUUUUGGCCCGAUGAGUACACUCUUGGUAGUGUUUUUAGCGGAUCUGCUGGGUUGCGGUCAGUGUUCAUUGGGCAGCAGAUUCAUGGCUACACGAUCAAGUAUGGGCUUGAGUUGGAUUUAGUUGUUAAUAGUUCGUUGGCUCAUAUGUAUAUGAGAAAUGGGAAAUUGCGAGAUGGGGAACUUGUCAUUAGAUCAAUGCCUGUUCGUAAUUUGGUUGCAUGGAAUACACUCAUCAUGGGGAACGCUCAAAACGGAUGUCCUGAAACCGUGCUUUAUCUGUAUAAGAUGAUGAAAAUCUCAGGUUGUAGGCCUAACAAGAUCACAUUUGUAACUGUGCUCAGUUCUUGUUCUGACUUGGCGAUUAGAGGUCAAGGUCAGCAGAUUCAUGCGGAAGCUAUUAAGAUUGGGGCUAGCUCUGUAGUAGCUGUGGUUAGUUCAUUGAUCAGUAUGUAUUCAAAAUGUGGGUGUCUUGAAGAUGCAGCUAAAGCUUUCUCAGAACGUGAAGAAGAAGAUGAAGUGAUGUGGAGCUCAAUGAUUUCUGCUUAUGGGUUUCAUGGACAAGGCGAUGAGGCAAUCAAGCUGUUUAAUACUAUGGCAGAGCAAACGCAAAUGGAGGUAAACGAGGUCGCGUUUCUGAAUUUGCUUUAUGCCUGCAGCCAUUCUGGUUUAAAAGACAAAGGGCUUGAGUUGUUUGACAUGAUGGUGGAAAAAUACGGGUUCAAGCCAGGUUUAAAGCACUACACUUGUGUGGUGGACUUGCUCGGUCGAGCAGGCUGUUUGGAUCAAGCCGAGGCAAUAAUAAGGUCUAUGCCAAUAAAUCCAGACACUGUUAUAUGGAAAACACUAUUAUCUGCGUGUAAUAUACACAAAAACGCAGAAAUGGCACAAAGAGUCUUUAAAGAAAUUCUUCAGAUUGAUCCUAAUGACUCUGCUUGUUACGUCCUGCUUGCAAAUGUUCACGCCUCAGCCAAGAGAUGGUGCAAUGUAUCAGAGGUGAGAAAAUCGAUGAGAGAUAAGAAUGUGAAGAAAGAAGCGGGGAUCAGCUGGUUUGAACACAAAGGUGAAGUGCAUCAGUUUAAGAUGGGAGAUCGCUCUCAAUCUAAAUCCAAAGAGAUCUAUUCAUACCUGAACGAACUGACUUUGGAGAUGAAGCUUAAGGGAUACAAGCCGGAUACAGAGUCAGUGUUGCAUGAUAUGGAUGAGGAGGAGAAAGAAUCAGACUUGGUACAGCACAGCGAGAAACUAGCGGUUGCAUUUGCGCUCAUGAUAUUACCUGAAGGUGCACCGAUUAGAAUAAUCAAGAACUUGCGGGUUUGCAGUGAUUGCCAUGUUGCUUUCAAAUAUAUAUCGGUGAUCAAAAACCGAAAGAUCACGUUAAGAGAUGGUAGUAGAUUCCAUCAUUUCAUGAACGGAAAGUGUUCUUGCAGCGAUUAUUGGUAGCUGGGCAGUUAAAGUAGGCUAUGACGCCAUGCUCUAGAGUCUUUCUGGAGUGUUAAGCACUUUGGUUUGGAUCAGGAAGCCAUUUGGGAAGAAAGCAUUCAGCAACAAGGGUAAAUUUUGUAUACAUGUUGGGUCAUAUGGACACUGGUCACAAGACUCAGAUUCUUUACAUUGCGGGUAGUAGUAGCUUGGUAGUCUACCUUGAGAUUGCUCCUGCCUGUGUUAUUCUUGAGUCGGGCGUAGAAAAUGGUUUGCGGUCAACUUUACUUGCUCUAGCCAUCUCCACAAGUAAAGAUGUUAAAUAAGGAUGGAGUGAGUUCUCUACUCUUUCUCACCAUGAACUGAGCAAGUAGAAUGCACUUGCGAAUCCCUCAGAUCAGAUUUCCUAGG